GUGACCGGUCUGUUUGCUAAAGACAUACUUCCUUAGCUGUACCCUUCCCUAUCACUUAGCUAGUUAAGUUUGAUGUCAUUACUUUCUACGACGUGUCAUUAAUAUGGGAGCGCUGUCACACCACACGGUGCUGAGAAACAGAAAGAAAAGAGUUGAAAACGCCCUGAGACCUCAGGUUUGAUUUCAAGUGCAGUUUAUGACACCAUGUUGGUGACAACAUAUCUUGCCAUCAUUUUCCUGCUUGCCCUGUGUGUCGGCCUUGAGAUCACAGCACGCCGCCUCACCCCACCUCAGUCUACUCCUACCGCUGUAGCCAACCCAGCCUUCCGUCGCUUCCAGAGUAUAUUCCUCCGGGCAUACCUUUUGGCUUUGUGGGCAGACUGGCUCCAGGGUCCUUACCUCUACAAACUUUAUCGCCACUACAGCUUCCUGGAAUCCCAAAUAGCCAUUUUAUAUGUGUGUGGCCUGGCUUCCUGUGUUCUGUUUGCUCCUUUUUCAGGCUGGCUCCCUCAAGCCUUGGGCCGCAGACAAACAUGUCUUCUCUUUUGCCUGUCCUACUCUGCUUGCUGUCUCACAAAGCUGUCCAGAGACUACUUUGUUUUGAUUGUGGGCCGUGUCCUGGGGGGUCUGUCCACAUCCCUGCUCACCACCUCAUUUGAAGCCUGGUACGUGUACCGACAUGUAGACGUCCAUGAUUUUCCCAAGGAGUGGAUCCCCAGCACCUUCACCAAAGCCGCUACCUGGAACCAUGGGCUUGCUGUUGGAGCAGGGCUGGUGGCUAACUUGCUGGCUGAGUGGCUCCACCUUGGGCCAGUGGCUCCCUUUCUCCUGGCUGUCCCCUGCCUGCUGUGCUGUGGUUGGGUGGUACUAACAGACUGGGGCAAGGAAGAGGCUGAAGGAGGUCCUGAAGGGGGCAAACAGACACUUCUCCUUGGCACUCCAAAUGGAGGUGUGACCCGAUUGUCUGCGAAGGCCCGGUUCUCACGCAGCUGCCAUGAGGGGCUGCGCUGCCUGAUGUCCGACAGGAGAGUCAUGCUCUUGGGUGGAGUGCAGGCUCUGUUUGAAAGUGUCCUCUACAUUUUUGUUUUCCUGUGGACCCCAGUACUGGACCCUCAUGGGCCUCCUUUAGGAAUAGUGUUUUCUUGCCUGAUGGCUGCCAGCAUGGCUGGCUCCUUGCUGUACCGCCUAGCCACCUCCACUCGCUACCGUCUACAGCCUGGCCAUGUGCUAUGCUUGGCUGUGCUGAUGGCUUUCUUCUCCUUAUUCAUGCUGACCUUUUCCACUGCCCCAGGCCAGCCUAGACCUCAUGAAUCCUUUCUGGCCUUCCUGCUGCUGGAGCUUGCCUGUGGCCUCUACUUCCCAGCAGUCAGUUUUCUCCAGGGCAGGGUUAUCCCAGAGGAGAAGAGGGCUGGUGUGUUGGCCUGGUUCCGGCUGCCUCUGAACCUGCUGGCCUGCCUAGGGCUGCUUGCCCUCCAUGGGGAGGUAUCAGGAACAGGUGGAGGGGAGGGUGGCAGUGGCACCAGACACAUGUUUGGAGGCUGUGCCAUCAUGAUGCUGGCAGCUUUGAUGGCCGUUGUUAGUCUGUUCACCCUGGGGAGAAAUGACACAGACCUGAGACUGGAGGGAACCAGAGGGGAGGGGGAGAUGUACUGAGGAGAUGGGCCACAUAUCCAUCUAUGCUUUACUGGUUUGAAAUGUGUUAUACCUGUUUUUUGUCAAUGAAAGUAGAAACUUUGUGUGUUUGACCAGGGAAGUCAGAAGUCUACAAAUUGCCAACUGCAUCAGUGAAGAGAAUCAAAGCCCAAAAGGGGUGUUUUGGUAGAUUCAAAUUUAAUUAAAUUUCAAUUUUUAUAUGUUUACCUUGUUGAAAGAGACUUUCAUUAAUCCUGUCUGUGUGGGGAUGCUUUGGGAACAUGGCCAAAUCUACCUUCAUUUGUCAUGCAAAUUGCUGAAAACUUAGUCAGCCAUGUCCAAAACCCAUGUAUCAUUCCAUCAACUGUUCCAGAUAACAUGUUAUUGCCUCAGUGUGUACACCUAUAGGGAGAUGGGAUGAUAUGUUUGACAAGAUAUAAUUAAUUUCACCUCUCAGUAGCACCGUGGGUAUAAGUAAUUCUGAAGUUUCUUUGAAAUGCUCAGCAGCAAACAUGAAAAGACAUUAAUGCGAGACAUUAAUGAGAGCUGAAUGAGUAUCCAAAGAAAUGAGGUCAUGACUAGCAUGUAGACCAGUAUCUGAAUGUCAGUUUGUACAAAAGCCUACUUCUUGCACAGUACUUCGAUUUCUGUAUGGGUUUUUUUUUUUUUCCCAGCAUCUGUGUUUUUUAUUAAAAAGAGCAAUCUACUGUAGGUCAGUUUUACUAUGAAUACUUUUUAUGCACCAUCUACAGGAUAUUUUCUCUGUAUUAUCUUAACAUAUCUCUGUUAUUUGCACUUUUAAAUA